GCCCGGCCAGCCCGGCUAGCUCCAUCAAGCCACUGCAAGGCCGCCACUUUUUCGGUCUCGGCUAAGGGAUCUCGCAGAGCUUGACCUUCGAAAACCGCUCGCCUACUUGCCGUGACAUCUCAAUCCGAUUCCCCAUCAGCCGCAACCUCAACGCCGUCAACCAUCCCCAUAUUCUUCCUCUCACUACCGUCAAGAUGUGGUUUGGAAUCCACCCCCUGAAGAAGUUCCCGGCUCCUAUCAUGAAGCCAUUGGCUCCCUUCUUUGCUGCCGGCCUGAUCAUCGCUUACGGUGUCAACUCGGCGCAAAAUGCCAUGAUGGCGUCCGACGAGUGGAAGAACGACCCCCGCAACCCCGACGCCAAAGCCGGCAGCCACUGAGUUGAUUAAAUGGGAAAGGACAAGAUCAAUCGUCACAUCAUUUUAUGUCUUGCAUGAUAGACGGCCAAAGCGAUCCGAAGCAUGGGCGAGAUAGGAGCACUACUGUAUCAUAGAUCUAAAGCUCACGGCUAGUCGAGAGCCGUGUUCGACCAAUACCACAAUCCCUUUGUGCUACGAUGUUGCCAUAACCCGGUGAAGAAGAUUCUCGUAGGGAACCGACAUGGUGUGAUACAUGACUUGGCGACAAUGUUGUUGGCCUGGUGCGCUGAAUGAAUCAAUGAAAACCUUUGAAAUUGGAUUCAUAACAUAUACUUUAAUUUGAUACUAUGGUAUUUGCGUCUCAGCGACACCGUUAUGUCUAGGUACAAUAUCGGUAACGUUUUGGCAAAUUCCCUUGACCAGUGAUACAGCAUCAAUCCAUGGGAUCAAUGGGGUUAUAUAACCCGUCAUUGCAGGAUCAGGAUACAGGCGGCAUAGACUCCCGUGGCACAAAAUUGUUAUCUCAGUUAUUAUAUCGACCAUAUCGUAGGCCAUGAACU